GGACAGAAAGAAGGAGGUGAUUGUUGGAUGAUAUAAAGAGGAAAGAGAGGCAAGAGACACACAAGACCGGAGCUGAAGCAUAUUUUGAUAAAGAAACUUUUGAAUCAGCAGAGCACAAUGGCUUCCUGCAGGGACCGUCCUUUCCUUCAAGUGAUCAUUUGCCUGCUCCUCAUCAGAGGUUCCUCUCCCCUUCCCACAACGUCAGAUGAGAAUCCAACGGGACCUCUACGACCACGUGGGUUUUCAGAUGAGGACCUUACCUCAGAGGAUUACAAUGUAUUUGAAUUAACCACAUCGGAACCCAGAAAAUCGCUCCUUCCAGUAACAGUAAAACCUACAAAAUGCAACUACAACCCCUGUCUGGAGAGUCAGAUCCCCUGUGCUAACCUAUCGGUCUCCACCGGGUGCUUGUGUCGAGGUGCCACUCUACAUAACGAGGCCCCAGAGGCCCCUGAUCUGAAAUCAGUGUCCUGGAAUGGGUCUGAGGUCGUAAUUCAAUGGUGUGCACCUUAUUCUUAUGUCACAUUGUAUGCUGUGACAGUUGGAGGGAAAGAGAGGCAGAAGUUUGGAAAGGACCAGAGAGGCGGUGCACUAGGCGACAUAGAAAAUGUCGCUAAGGUUUGUGUGGUGGCUGUGAACGAUGCAGGAAGCAGCGAGGAGUCCUGCAUGAUGUUUCAGCCCAGAGACAGCAGUCUGCCUCUCAAAGCAGGACUCAUAGGAGGAGCUCUGGGCUUCCUGCUGCUCCUCUUAUUGGCUGUGCUGCUCUGGAGACACAGGAGGCAGAGGAAACAAGAGGCCAGCAUCUCUUUGCACAACACUGCAGAGACACACUGAACGCAGCACAGAGCACGACUGGACGCUCAGUGAGAUAAGACUGUGUAUCCUGAGACCAGUCAGACUCAUUGUAGUUAAUUAACUGUGACUACAUUAUAAAGUCUGAGGGUUUCUGAGAACGCAGACAGAGACAGAGGGCCAACAUGCCUGAGGAAUACAUAUCUGUGACUGCUAAGUCUUGUUGUAUUUUGAAAACCCCUUGCUGCUGUUUAAAAGACAGUUCCCACAUGAUUUAAAAAGCAGCUGCAGGAGAGUAUUCUGUUAUUUAUAUGUGAUGUUUUCUGAAAAUUAAACCCCAAGGACAAACACUAAGCAAACAAGAAUGUUGCAAGGAAUACAAUUUGAACUUGGUUAUUUUUUUUGGCAUUUCAAACACAAGUUCUUCUGUUGACAGUUUGUGUAAUAUCUGGUGUCGGGACUGCAAGUGGCAGCCCUGCAUGCAGCUGCUGUACUUAACAGCUGUCCACUGUCAUGUAGUUUGACAGUUUAAUGAUGGGUAAAAACAUGCACAUGGACACAGGAGUGAGUUCACAGGGAUAUCCAGGAGUGUCUGGAUCAUUGUGAUUAGCGCCUCCACGAAGAGUCAUGAAAUAGGGACUCAUGACAAAUAUAAUCAUCAUGGUGGAUGUGUUUAUGGGAAAUAGAAUCCUGACAGGGUGGGACAAGAUGAUUUAAUAUGACGUGUGAUCAAGUUGUCCCUGGCGUUGUUUUUACUAUUCAAAAUGAAUAACCAUUAUGUCUGGGUUUUGAUGAAUCAGAAUCAAGUAUUUAUUACAGUGGGGUGAAUAGUUAAAAAAAGCUGCAUAAUUUAAAAAAGUCUGGGCACACCCUUCCUUGGACCAAUGUAAAUGUCGAAGUAUUUAUUUAUGAUUUGAUUUAAGAAAAUAAAUGUUGUCAAUAACUCCUAAAAAGGUCAUCCUAUCCUAAAUCAUCCCUCAAAAUUAUAAAUAUUAUUGACUUGAGAAAUGUUAGCUUACACUGAUCAUAUUGCUUUUUGAAUCGUCUUAACCCUCCUGUUAUGUUCGUUUCUCUGGAUCAGCAAUAAUGUUCCCGGGUCAAUUUGACCUGGGGCAAAUUCAAUCAUCCAAAAGUGUCAGAACCCCAAAAAAAUCCCAAUAAACAUUUUUUUAAAUCAAAUUUUUAACUCCAUUACUAACCAUUUAAAUCCAGAUUUAGUCCAUUGGUGUUCUUUAAUUCUCACAGAUCAUGGUUCAAUGAGGAUAACUCACUUAUUUUUCAUGAAAAUUCAUGUUAAAACCUUUCUUAAUGUUCAUGGGAAAGCCCUAAAUAUAAAUACAAUAGUUUUACAUGACAUAGAUUUCUGCUAUUUUAUUUUAAUU